CAUGAAACGCUGCUGUCAGUGACUCGUAAGAAGUCGAGCAGUAAAGGUUGUGUGUUCAAGCGAAUUUCACGCAAUUUCAUCAAAUAAAAAUGUCUUUGGUACCAUUGUUGUUCUCUGACUGGUGGGAGACCUUAGAUCGUCCGCAUCGUCUCUUGGAUCAGAAUUUCGGACUAGGCCUCUACCCGGAUCAAUUGUUAACACCAAGCCGGUUGGAAGUAUAUCUACCAUCACGGAAAGCAAGUUCCUAUCUCAACAGACCAUGGGCUGAAUUGAUACGCAAUGAAAGAGGCAGCUCGACAGUUCAAGCAGACAAGGACAAAUUCCAGGUCGUACUUGACGUUCAACAAUUUGAACCAAACGAAAUAGACGUUAAGGUUGUCGACAAAUUCGUUGUCGUUACGGCGAAACAUGAAGAAAAGCGGGACGAACAUGGUUGGGUCUCUCGUCAAUUCACUAGAAAAUAUCUGAUCCCGGAACAAUGUGAUCUCGAUCAAGUGACAUCGAAACUAUCAUCGGAUGGUGUUCUUACUAUCAGCGCACCAAGGAAGGAUCAACAAAAUGCAGGAAAUGAACGAGUGAUCAACAUAGAACAUACUGGUAAACCGGCAAUUCAAACGAAGUCACCUAAGCAGCCACAACAACAAGCCGAAGAAAAUGAAAAGAAGAAGUAAAAGUUCCAUCACGGAAUGAUAUCUCUGUCAUUUAUUGUAUUUCUGCCAUUUAGAAUGUACUCACGUAUUUAUCAAUCAAUUAUGAAAUUAUGUUAUAGUAUUUAUGUUAUCAAAACUUAAAAGUUAUAUUCAUGAUUGUUA